AUGCAGCUGUCAGCCGAAACGAUCGAUGCAUAUAGUAUCGCUAUUUUAUCAUCGUCCUAUUAUUCACAUUUGCUAUCACAGUCAGUUAUCAUUUGGCCGAUUAUACUUGUCCUUUUUACGCUGCCAUCAUUAAAUCUUCUUAUAAAUCUUGGCUAUGUUUCGGGUUAUGGGCAAAUUCUUACUUUUCAACGCAUUUCACCUAUUUCAUCAGGACUUGGUUGGUCGUUAACUUGGUUGGCUGGCGAGAAAUUAUUUCUUCAGUCGUUAACUGCUGCGCAAUAUUUAUUAUAUAUAAUAUAUUCGUUAAGACUUCGUCUCAACUGGGCGCUUGAUUGUGAUAACUAUUAUAAUAAUGGUUUAUGUACCGAAUUUCUUAAAGAAAAUGUAUCCCAUGGUUAUGCGCAACAUCAACCGGAUAAUAACUGGCCUGCACAGCAAUUCAAUCGGUAUGCAAUACGAGGAGUGCCUCUUAUGGUAAAUAUAACUGAAUGGAUACCAAAUGCUUGGUAUUUCCCUGAUAUUAAUACCGAAAAAUUCUCAUUAGAAAUACCUCCAAUGUUUCUUACAGUUUCGCAUAUCACCAUUUGGAUUUCGCUGUUUUUUAUUCUUUACAGAUAUGGAAUGAGUCCUGGAUGGUUUCUUAUUCGAUUUUGUUUUCUCUUGCCCUCUAUACUUUUCAUAAUAAUUGUAAUUGGUCUUUUUAUAUGUGGAUUAACCUUCACUAAUAAUAAUGAAAAAGAAAUUUUGCCUGAAAAUAUCGAAAAAUAUCCCUUCGUGUAUUUUUCAGAUAUUCAUGGGUUUUUUCGCACGACAAUGGUACUUAUGGAUUAUUCGUCUGCUUUUACUGGUAUAAUUGUAUUUGCAUCAAGCCGUAUUCGUUCAAAUUCAAUGCCUAUCAAUCCGAUCGCUUUACUUUCUAUGCAAAUGGUUGGUCCAGUAUUUUUAUAUAUAUUACGUCGAGGAUGUAAUGGUCAUCUUGCUAAAGUUCAACCUGCAUAUGAUAGUUAUAUCGCAACUGAUGCAACAUUUUCUUUUGAUACUGCAGCAGUUUGUUUUGCAACAAUUAGUGGAGGGCCAUUGUGGGCAAUAUUAUAUUAUACAGCCAAUUUAUUAUUCACUUGCAUUGGGCCUAUGGUUGUUCUUCUUCUCUUCAUUCAUAAUGCAUUUUUGGAACAAUUUCCUUUUAUUCAAAGAUAUUCAUCACAAAUUUUGGGACUGUUGUGUGGGGUGUUUCUCGGGACAGGUUUUUUAUUAUGUAUGCCGUUGGGUACAUCAUUUGGAACUUUGUUGCAAUAUGUCUCACAAUCUUCAAUCAGUCACAUAUUUUUGUUUAUUGUGGUUUUUUUUAUUUAUGGUUGGUAUGAUCUUGAUGCAGACGUUCGGUUAAUGCUGGGUUCACCGAAUUUUACAUCAUUAUUAUCAUAUUUAAGUGGACCACUGAGUCCUUUUUAUACAAUUCUUCUUUUUACAUCAGUACCGGCAUUACUAGCUGCGAAGUUCGCGAGUGUUUUUGAUCUACUUAUGGGUGGAUUAGAUAUCUUAAAGCAUAUUGAUUAUGGUACCAAUUUUAUGACAUCUUCGCAGUUUAUUAAUCGCCUAUUCGGUUACGGUAUCAUGUUAGCACCCACGUUUAUCAUCAUCAUAUUUGCAUUGUUUCAUUUUUGGCGAAAUACUUUUAUCUACAAAUUGCCGAUUGGCUCCAUGCUUGACGCAACUAGUGAUUGGAAGUCACAUAUUUCGAUUCGGCAGAUAAACGUCACUCGAAUUCCUCCUCUUUCGCAUCGUAUUUAUACGUCUUUAACGAAGAUUUCUUAUCGGACCGUUCUUUUCGCAAUUUUUAUCGUGGAAAUGGUCAUCGGAAUUACUAUUCUUAUCCUUUUUUUCAGGCAAGUUUUCUUUGAUCUUUUAGAUCUUCUCUAUGUAUUAGUCAAUGCUCUUUAUGCGCAGCUUCAUUCCUCAAUUAAUACGGGCUCAGCCAACAGUUAUCGCACAAUUUUGUUGCUUGUUUUUUCGACUUUUCAUAUUCUUGCUAUGUUCGAGAUGAAAUGGGCAUUGCAAAAAUGGGACCAUUCAUCGAGAUUAAAUUUAUAUAUCGCAGUUGCAACUAUGGAAAUGGCUUUUUUAAAUGGAUAUAUGUGGAUGUUCGCUGUUGAUCAUAGUUGGGGUCUUCUUUUCUCACCUUUCAUGGUGAUUGUCGUAAAUACAAUAACACGCGGCGUAAUGAUUGCUAUUGUGGUGGGUAUUAGAUGGAAUAUAGCUGAAAAGUCAUAUCCAACUCGCACUCGUGACGUUACUGAAAUAUACGAUGCUACCGCUGAUCUCGAUAAUUAUGUCGAUCGCGACGAUGAUACCCCAAUAAUAUACGAGAUGAGAAGAGACGUUUUCACAUAA